AUGAGUCGCCUGAUAGCCUUCCUUGCCUUUGCUCUCGUCCUUGAAGGAGCUCUUGGUACUGGGGAGCUUGUGUGUGAGGAAUUGCCAUCUGGAAUGUGCUCUUUUGCCAUUGCGUCGUCUGGGAGAAGAUGCGUGUUGGAAACCCUCCAAACGGAUGGUGGGGAUGUGGAGCUACAGUGCAAGACUUCUGAGGUCAUAGCCAUGAAUGUGCCACCAGCAUACAUAGAGACUGACGAGUGCGUGAGCGCAUGUGGGCUUGAGAGGAAGUCUGUCGGCAUCUCCUCCGACUCGCUCCUCGAGACUCGCUUCGCCCUUAAACUCUGCUCUCCACAGUGUUACUAUAACUGCCCAAACAUUGUUGAUCUCUACCAAAACUUGGCUCUAGCAGAAGGUAAGGCACCACCUUCAAACCUAAUUUGA